AGGCCGGGCGGUGGCAGAAACAAGCCGACGAAUGAAGUCUCUGUGGUUUAUUUUCAGAUAAAUUGUGCUAAAUCAGGGCUGUCCACCUCCCGACGGCCUCUCCAGCUGCACGGGCACGGAGCAGGGCUGGGAAGAGGGUCCCCAGCAGCUCCGUGCCCACCCGGGCAGCUCCCAGGGGCCGGGAGAAAUCUCCCGGCGCCUCCUGCCCAGGCGCGCAUCUGCUCCUGGUCGGUGCUCAACACGAGCGCAGUGACUAAUUGGCUACUUGCGUUUGCCGGUAGCAAAUUUGCUCACAGAGCAGUUUACUGUGCAGUAAGCAUGUGCGCGUGUAGACACAGCAAGGUUACUGUGCAGUAAACUGUACCGCGCAGUAACGCAUCUCGUGUAGACGCACCACCCUCGUUUCAAAUCAGCUGCUUGGCCGUGGCAGCCGCACGUCUCUUCAGACAGCAGUAAAGGUGGCAAUUGUAAUUGUAAUCGGUUCCUUUUAACCUCCUCAUCCUGUUACGCAAAUGGUAUAAAUCCCAGUUUUGUGUUAGGUAAAUAACAUGGGAACAGACUUUUGCCUAUUGCUUUAAUCUUAUGUAUUUUCUUGGGUUUUGCAUUGCCUUAAGAAAGUCCAUGUUGUACUGCUCCGUAGCUUGACAUAAGUGCUCAACCUUUCACUCCUUCGUACGCUGCGUAUGUGAGGGUAUAGUUGAGAGUGUGUUGGUGGAAAAGGAAAACGCCAGCUGGUUUGAAGAACGAAGACAGAUUAAAGACCAAAACAAGAAGAAUCUGCCCCAGAACAGCGAGAGGACAGCAUCCUUCGACCUUCGAGAAGGAACACAGUGAUAACACUGCAGACGCUCGGAGGACUGGAUGAAUUGACAAGACUAGAAAAGAUGGGGCGAGACAUGUCAAUUUUGAGUCUUGUUCUGCAUAUCACCCUGGAGCAUCUGUUCACCUGAUGAGACAGACCGCAAGAAGCCUGGCUCCUACUCAUGAUCCACUUAGCUGGCCACUAAGUUGACUUGAGUACCAAUGAGACGGGUCACGUAUACCAGCGUAGAACAGAAAUCGGGGGGGGGGGUGUACACACUAAGCCCUUAAAUCAAUAACUAGGGCACUGCCUUAUCCCUUCAUAAGAUCUCACUCAUUUGAGCAACUGAUUAUUUGUGCAACCGUUCCACAGGUGUCAAUGAGCCACUCUCCUUUUUAAUGAUUUUGAGCGUGUUCCCUAAUCCAGCUCUUCUUUCUUCAGUUAUUCUGCUGUUAAUUAGCUGCUCGUCUUAAUGUAAUUCCUACUUAACAGUCCUGCAGGUUGUUUUUAACUUUAGCUAAACAUUAACUCAGGUGAACAUCAAUGCAGAAGUGGAAAUAACUUUCAGUGAGGUAUUAGGUGCACUGUCAAGAUGCUCAAGAAGGCUAGAUUGCAUUUUAUGAAUCUGAAAGAAAUCUACCUUAAUGAUGACAGGACUAAAGAAAGAACAUCCUUUGAUUAUUUCUUGCCUAGUUUGUUGGGUUUUAUACAUUAAUACGGUGCAGCACAUUAAUGCACAUUCUAAAAAAGUCGCAUUUUUUUUUGCUUUUAUCUUAAACUGAAUAAUAUAACCCUAGGCCCCUAGCAUAUCAUAAAAGCUUCUAGUUUCUUUUCACUUGGAGAAAAAUGUAAGUUGUGGUGUGUAUAUAUAUAUAUAUAUAUAUAUAUAUAUGAUGAUGAUGUGCUGCACCCCCCCUCUCAAAAUCCUAGCUCUGUCCAUGGACAUAUCUUAUGCACUUUCAUACCAUCUCAAAAAGGAGUAAGGAAAUGUUUAUUAAAUGUUAUUGGGAUUUAAACAGUAUAUUAUCAAGAGGACAGUAAGACUUCACCUCAAAAGGAAAGGGCCAGAAAAAAUAGUCAAGCAAUGAACCUGUAAAUAAGUGAUUAAAGGGGAAAGAAAUAAGCUGUUCUGGGUGUUGGUGUAAAAAUCUUACCGUGUAGUUAAACUAUGUUUGGCUUUCAUAGAUGGCCCAGUCUGUCUGAAUUACAAAAUGCCCAGUGGACAGUUGCCUUGGCAACAGACUGUAAACUAAACAGUCUUGUUGUAGCAGUGGCUGCUUAAAGGGUUUUGCACUAGAAGAACCUAAUAAUAGGAACAGGCAAAGUAUAUGGAAUUACUGUGCGAAGUGACUGCUGUCCAGUGAAGGAGGACAACUCUGACCUCAAUAUGGUCUUCAGCUGCUCUUCAGAUUGGUGCCUCUUUCAAAUGCGCUCAGUCAAGUUCUAGGCACCUGAACAUUUCCUGGAUGUAAAUAUUUCAUACCAACAUGAUCGGACUUCUCUAGCGCUGAUGGUGAGAAAUGUGGAUCUAUUUGAUAAGUCUUGAUGGGUUAACCAAAUAUAGACCAGGAGAACUUACAGAAGAACUUCAGAAUAACAACAGGUCCUUUCAUUCAAAACACCUGCAACUGCUGAGAAACAGAACACUCUGUCAGAUCAUCAGAAGCUGUGAGGUGCUUAAGAAAUCUGAAGACACUAUGUCUGAAAAUAACCAAGAUGAGGAUAGCAGCAAUGAAGGGUGUGAAAUUCUUGUAGCUUUUCAAAAUGCAAAUAAGAUACUGAAAGAAAUGAGCAAGUCAUACAAAAUUCUAGAAACAAACAACCAGGUCACAUCAGUACCCAGACUAUGGCCAGAUGAACGAUUAGCUUCUUUUCCAAAGAAAAGACAGCUGGAACUCAAGAUGAGUCAGCAAAGUUCACUACCUUUCUUUCUGAAAAGAACAGGAAACUCAAGACAUCCUCAUGGUUUUGACUUCAGUUUUCUGGUGCAGGGACCCUGUUCUGGGUCUAACAUGUCAAAGCCCCUCAGGGGACUAGAUGCCCUUCAGGAGAUAAAUGCACAAAUUCAGCAAAGGUUAAGUAUAUCUGUACUAAAACACAGCAACAGGAAGACAGAGUUUCAUCUGUCACCAGAGGCACUUCAGCCUUUAAGAACAGUUCCACUUACUCCUCUAGAGAACAAUAGGAUCAACCAAAACACCACCCACAACAAAAUCCUGAGCAUUAUGGAUUCAGUACCUUGCCCUACAAAGCCUAUUGGUAGAUUCCAGCAGUAUCACUCAGGCAGCCUGCAGCAAGGGCAGACUAAACAUGCUGUAGGCCAGUCUCGUAGACAUGUUUCUGAUAGCUCCAUCACAACAGGACACUUGCGCUCAUUCGGAAUGGAUAAUUAUUACAAAUAUUUUGGAGACACGAAAGAAGAGGAAACUGAAAAGAACUUAAAUAUAGGUGGUAAUACUGAAGAGAAUGAAUAUGAAAAAUGUCUGCUUCCAGUACUCUGCAGGAGUGUAAAUAUUGUGACCAAAGCCAAUGUUUCUGAAGACAAUCAUGUUUAUUUCAACCCAAGUGAAGUAACAAACACUGAGAAACACUGUAAAAUACUUGCAGCUCCUACAUCAAGUAAUGUAGAUUAUUCCAAUUUAGGAACUGACAGCUGGGAAAAUGAUUUAUUAGCAAGGAGUUCUGUUAGAACAGAUCUACAGGAAGUAAACGCUUCCAGUUUGUCAGGUUAUAGUAGAGAUGCUGAGCCUAUGAAUGCUGCGCUUGUACCUCAUGUUUUAGAUUCAAGCUGCACAAGUGAAGCAGUAGAAGCAUGUCCUUAUGUUCUAGAAGGUAGUUCUGUAGCUAAAAUUAUUUCAAGUGUGGAAGUUUACUUUUCUCCUGAAAAUCAAUCAGGAAGCAGUGUUUUUCCAGUAGAUGUUGGAGCUGAAAAAGUAACAAUUGCAGAAUUAACUGAGACAAAGGUUGGUGAAUUGGCACCUCUGGUCCAUGUUACAUUUUCUCAACAAGAACUACCUAAGGCACCACAGAUUGCUAAACGUCCUGCCAGAAAGAAAACUAUCAGCCGUAGCGUGCCUUCCAAUGCAAGUCACAGCUUCAACAUACUUGCUCUCAAGGUAAAUGACAAGAUCAAGAUGGAUAGGAGUAUGUGCGUUGCAAAAACUAAAGCAAGCAGCAAAGUAUCUCAAGAUGUCGCCGUCUCUGACAAGAAUUCCACAAAACGUCACAUACACAAGACCAGCAUCAAGAACCAGAUUUUCCCAUUUUUAGGACUGUCUCAUAUGGAAUCUGAAACAUCCUCAAAAUUUCAGGAAAAGCAGCCCCGGCAGGAGACAUACAGUUUCAUUCAGCAUGCCCAUAAAUCUAAAAUGCAAGUGUUGCCCUGCACGAGCAGAAAUGCAAGCAACUUAAGGAAACCUGUUGCUCCGCUUCAUGUUCCACGAGUUCAGUCUACCUCAGAUGUCUUGAAUCUGAAAUACAGUGACAUGUUCAAGGAAAUACAUUCGAAUGACAAAGGCCCAGGAAUUUAUGAAAUGUUUGGGACUUCCGUGUAUUCCCAAGCACGUGAACCUGAACGAAAUGAGAGCAGGUUUUACAGGGAUGUGUGUUCUGCUCCACUUAGGGGAUGCACUGCUAACAGAUGUAAAUCAGCUCGCAGUAAGGAGAGAGUGAGCAGUCGAGUGAGAAAUGCCCAGAAGAGAACACAUCCUAAACCCAGGAACACAACUGGCAUUAAUCAAAAGCACAAAGAGAAAAGCACUGAGUUAAAUGAUAGCAAUACAGAGGCAGAUGAUACUGUAAUAAUUUCUGGUCCAAACUGGCACAUAAAGACUUCAAGGAGUACAGUGUUGUGUCAGGAAGAUGAAGAUCAGCAGCAUUCAUUUUUGGAAGAGUUUUCACAAUCCACUAAACUAAAUGAAGACUUUCCGAAUUCAGACCUGUCAACUAUUAAAGAGGUCUCUUUGGAGCAGUCUUUAGACAUUGGAGCUAUAACUAAUAAUCCAAUAUUUGCUACCACUAACCAACCAUUUUAUGAUAAAGGCUGUGCAGAACGUGUCACUCCAGAGAGCAAUUUACUAAUGACAGAUCAGCACAAGUGUGUAGUACAAGGAAGAGUGGAUAUGGAUGACUCCAUGAGUCUAGAAAAAAACCAAGUCUUCUGCGACCUCAAAGAUAAAAAUGAAGCUCUGGUUGCAUCGUCUUUUCCAGACAAACUGGAAUCUGAAUCUUCUCAAACGGAAUUAGAUCAAAGUUGGACAGACAUCUGUGAAAAUAGUAAUUUAGCAGAUGCAUCAGCUCAGCAUCCAACUAAGCAGAAUAUAAAUGCCACAAGCCCAAUUUUCCAGACUUAUCAGAACAUUCUCUCUCAUGCAGAAAACAAAGAACUGACUGAUGAGUUGCUUUGUUGCCUGGCAGCAGGAUUACUAGUGCUCAAAGAAAAAGACAUCAAUUCUUCUAGAAUACUUACAAAAAAUCAAGGUUCAAAAAUGCAAAAUAUGUUUGCUGAAGAAGAAAGAUGCAUUGUGAAUGGAGAUGGAAAAGUAGUAACCAGUGAAGAACAGAGUUAUAGUGAAGCCUUCCUAGCAUCCAACAGGGAAAAUGACUUGUUAAACUUCAGUGAUUCUACCAACUUACCAGAAAGCAGCUCAGCUAAUGAUGAUCCCAUCAUGUGGACCAGAGGUGAAAUCCUUGGCAAGGGAGCCUACGGCACAGUGUACUGUGGUUUGACAAGCCAGGGACAAUUAAUAGCUGUGAAGCAGGUUGCUUUGGAUAUAUCAGACCAAGUCAAUACAGAGAAAGAAUAUCAAAAGCUGCAAGAAGAAGUUGAUCUGCUGAAAACACUAAAACAUAUUAACAUUGUAACAUAUUUAGGAACAUGUUUAGCAAACAAUGUUGUAAGCAUUUUCAUGGAGUUUGUACCUGGUGGCUCAAUUUCUAGUAUUAUUCAUCGUUUUGGUCCAUUGCCAGAAAUUGUCUUUUGUAAGUAUACAACACAGAUUCUACAAGGGGUUGCAUAUUUACAUGAAAAUCGUGUGGUACACAGGGAUAUCAAAGGCAAUAAUGUUAUGCUAAUGCCAAAUGGUGUAAUAAAGCUAAUUGACUUUGGAUGUGCAAAGCGUUUAGCUUGGGUGAGCCUGAAUGGCACACAAAGUGAAUUGCUGAACUCUGUGCAUGGGACUCCUUAUUGGAUGGCACCGGAAGUGAUCAAUGAAUCUGGGUAUGGAAGAAAAUCAGAUAUCUGGAGCAUUGGCUGCACUGUAUUUGAGAUGGCAACAGGCAAACCACCUUUGGCUUCCAUGAACAGAAUAGCAGCAAUGUUCUACAUUGGAGCACACAGAGGACUGAUGCCCCCUUUACCUGACCAUUUCUCAGGAAUUGCAGCAGACUUUGUGCAUGUGUGCUUAACUAGAUCUUCCUUCCCAACAAAUACUUUGGCACCCUGUUUCUAUGGACCAUGCAUCCCUUUGAUUGCUAGAGAUCAACAUGAGCGUCCUUCUGCUCUCCAGUUGCUGGAGCACCCCUUCAUCAAAGGAAAACAAUGAACUUUUCAAACUUCAGUCUGUAUUUUUCUCUUUAAUUCUUUUGGUCAAAAAAAUUAAGUUUGCAUUUGACUUGCAAACAAACAGGAGUGUAACUUACAAGAGGCCAAGAAAUCAAUGAAAUGGCAGAGGUCUGUUGUGAGGCUGUGUAAAGAUUAAAUUAGAGAUGAAUUUGUAACCAUG